AUGGAAGAAGAAGAGGAAGAAGAGGAUGAUGAGGAGCGGAAGAAGAAGAAGAAGGAGAUCGAAAGAAAGAAUGCGCCGGGAGUGAAGAUAAAGAACUUCAACAAUGUGUUGAAGAUAGAACCGUCGAUAGUACAUUCAUUAUACAAGGAUGAAUACGAACGCUGUAUUUUUGUGAAAUUCAUCGAUGAAACCACCGGCAUUCGUGGCGUUCACUUGGAAAUCGCCAAGGAACUGCCAGCGAAUCUUUUCAUCGCCCAUUUCAAGGUCAGACUAUUCUAUGACGGUGUGAAAAAUCGGUGUUUUGUUUGCCAGAGCGAAGAUCAUUUUAAAGCAGAGUGUCCAAAACUGAUAAGCCGUCAAUUGCCUGAAAAGUCAUCUGAAACAAGUGCAUCAUACAGCCAAGUGCCAAGCCAAGUAAACGCGACAAACGGAGCUGCCUCAAAAAUCGCGAAUCUUACUACAAACAAUACAACGUUGCCGUUGAAAUCGACCAAUAGAUCUAAACGCAUAUCGCCAGCCAUACUCAGUGGGAUUGUUCAGGCAUCGGCUGCCACAAAACUGAAAGCGUUGACAGAAACAAUAAACAGCGAAGAAGAAAUCAGAGAAAUAUUGGACGACAAUGGAGAAGACGACGACGAAAACAAGUUCGAAAACGAUGAUGACAACGAUACUAGUGACGAUGAUGAUAACGAAGACGACGCCAGUGAAGAUGACGAAAACGAUGAUGAUGACGACGACGAUAAAAUCAAUCUGGAAAAGAUAAAUUUGAAACGAGCAAUUUCCAGCCCCAGUUUUGCUUCUGAUAAAGAAAUAAGGAAAAAAGUAAAACCAAAAAAUAAAGAAACAUCGGUCCCAGCAGUGGUGGCAUUGAUUCCAGAAAUGAACCCUAUAGAACCCAGUGUACGCAAGACCCGAAGGAUAGCAGCUACUGUGCAAAAAAGUAAACCUGUGUAA